CAGCGCCGCCUUCUGGCCCCAGAGGCCUGGGAGGGCGGCCUGGCCGGAGCCCUGGGCCCAAUGAGGCGCCGCUGAGGAGGCGGGCCGGCCUGCCCCUUCCCCCUUCCUUUCCCCCUCAGGCCGAGAGGGGCGAGACGCAGCCGAGGCAAAGGGAGGAUGGCGGCGACUGGGCCGCGCUUCCGAGGUUCGCUUCUCCUGAUUCUCCUCCUUCCCGUGUCUCUCCCGCCGAGUCUCCGAGGCGCCUGAGGCCCGCUCUCCGCCCCGACUUCGAGCAGAGAAUCUCUUCAGGAAAUGGCCACUCCAAAAUCCAUAUUGAAUCUUCUGACCUUUACUUUUGGAUCUGCAAUUGGGUUUUUCAUAUGUUAUCUGCUAUUUAGCUUAGUAUUUGAAGAACAAAUCAGGAUUGAGCCUCACAUUGUUUACAAUGAUCCUCAUGGACAUCACUCGAAUAGUGAUGAAAGAAAUAAUCUGAAAGGACAAAUGAAUUUCAAUGCAGAUACUGGACAACAUCAAGAUGAAAACAAGAAGGUUGCUGAAGAACUGUACCAGAAGGUAAGAGUCCUUUGUUGGGUGAUGACUGGUCCUCAGAAUCUGGAAACAAAAGCUAAACAUGUCAAAGCUACGUGGGCUCAGCAUUGCAACAAGGUGCUGUUUAUGAGCUCUGAAGAAAACAAAGACUUUCCAACAGUUGGAUUAGAAACCAAAGAAGGCAGAGACCAGCUGUAUUGGAAAACCAUUAAAGCUUUCCAGUAUGUGCAUGAUCAUUAUCUUGAUGAAGCAGACUGGUUUAUGAAAGCAGAUGAUGACACUUAUGUUGCUCUGGACAACCUGAGAUGGCUCCUUUCAAAAUACAGCUCUGAAAGACCGAUUUAUUUUGGAAGAAGAUUUAAGCCAUUUGUGAAACAGGGCUAUAUGAGUGGAGGUGCAGGCUAUGUGCUGAGCAAAGAAGCUCUGAAGCGAUUUGUAGAUGCUUUUAAAAACAACAAAUGUACUCAUAGCUCCUCCAUUGAAGACUUGGCAUUAGGCAAAUGCAUGGAAAGCAUUAAUGUAGAAGCUGGAGAUUCCAGGGAUACGAGUGGCAAGGAAACUUUUCACCCAUUUGUGCCAGAGCAUCAUUUAAUCAAAGGAUACCUACCCAGAAAUUUUUGGUACUGGAAUUAUAACUAUUACCCUCCUGUGGAGGGUCCUGGCUGCUGUUCUGACUUGGCAGUUUCAUUCCACUAUGUUGAUGCCACUACUAUGUAUCAUUUGGAAUAUUUGAUUUAUCAUCUCCGUCCUUAUGGCUACCAGUUUAGGUACAACUCUGACUCUCCUAAAGACCCAGGAAUGCAAAAUUUAAGUGAAGCAGCAAAGGAGGACGUGAAAUCCAAAGCAGAAGUAGGAAAUCCUCCUAAAGCCUCUGGAUAAAAUCAUUUAUAGUGCACUGAAGAAGCCUUAUGGGAUGGUAAAGAAAUACAUUUAGCUUACAUUGGCUGGAUGGGUUUGCUAAGCAUAUAUACAUAUGUAUUUUAAAAGUGUUCCUUUAAAUGGCUGCCUACUGCAGAAUCUUUUCUAAUCGUACUGGUGGGAAGGAUGUUUCAUAUGCCAUGAGACUGCAAGGUCAAAUCCAUAAAGUUUUUUAUUAAGCAUCAUAACUCCUUAAUUUUGUUUCAGUAAUGUAUACGUACAAACCUUAUAUUGAAACAAACUCUGUUGUCUAGAUUCACUUGUAAACAUGCAGUAUUUUAGUCCUUACUUCAUGUGAAUGCCUUCUUUUACUAUGCCCAGUACAUUAGAUGCUGACAGAUACUUUGCUAAAGAGAUUCAGGUAUGAAUGUGUUUUUAAAAAAUCUUUACAUAAGAGAUUCAAGUGUGAAUGUAUGUUUAAGGAAAAGCUUUAUCCCACAUAGUCAUUUGUCAGGUAAUCCUGCAUGAGUUGCAUUUACACCUGCAUUUGCAAAACUGAUUAUUUUGGGUUUCAGUUUCACAUAUUAUACAGAUUAUUUUCUUGCUGCAGAGAAAGUUAGUAGAGUUCAUAUGGACAGAAAGAUAGUGGAAGUGUAGGUGAAUAGGCUGAGCAUAUUAAUGAAAUGAGUGCCAUCUUACUAGAUGAGAGGGGAGUAAUCUUUGACUGCUAGGGCCCUAUAUAUGGUGCCAGCUGAUGGGCUUACACUCCUUCAUGCAUACAGACCCAUAUUUACCCAACUCAUUUUGUACUAACAGGGAAGUUUAAAUCCCUUCCCAUCCACUGGAAGUGGUAAGAUUGAAGGGGCAAGGGUUUCUUCCAUCUCCCAGUGAUCUGGAACAAAACAAAAACAAGAACAUCUGCUACAUUGAGAUCAUGGGGGUGGGGAUAAUGCUUUCCCAUUCCACAGCAAUUCUAAUCAAGAUUUCUGUUCUGGUUUUGCUAGUAAGAAUAGCUGCUCCGUCAAGUUGUGAUGCUCCAUGAGCAUCACAGUCCACUUGAAGGCCCCAACAGGCUAAACAUUGCCUACAUGUGCACUAGAUAAACAAAAUAAAAUGAUUUAAAUGAACUUUCUCAUGCUCUUGCUGGAAAAUGAGUUACUGUGAUUAUAUUAUAGGGGCAGACAUUCAUAGCUCACACAUUUAUGUCAGUUUUGUACUAUUGACUCACUCUUUUAAAAAACAAACCAAUAAGCCAUUUUUGUUUUUGUUUUAUAAAAGUGGACUUGCACCCAAAUAAGUAUUGUUUAAGCUAGAAAGUGAGGGUUGAGUGGCUUCAAGUGUUUUCAAAUUUUUGUUUAGAGGUAGAUACCUAUAAUUAUUUAUUUCAGUUAAAUGCCGUGCCUCUUGCUUGUGUGACAUUUACUGGCUCAUUUAAAUUAUUAUUUCCCUGUGGAUUUGAUUGUUUCACUUGUUAUGCCAACUUUGAACAAAGGUCUCUGCCAAAAGAUAAAGGAGCUCUGUACUUUGUGCUUAAAUAUGAACCACAGUGCAAUUUUGGUGUUAGUUUUGCCCUCUCAAUAUGUGCCAGUUUGGCCUAGUAGUUUCUUAUUUUGAUAUUCUGACCAUUUUUCUUCCACUUAACUGUUAUGCUGAAAGUGAUCAAGCAGGGUGUGCUUUCUAUCUUGAGUUCAUCAUAUUGAUGUUUACAUUGAGAUUAUGUACUCGAUGGUGUGUCAUAGUUAAACAAAACCUUUGUCAAGCUUACUAAACUCCUUGCAGUUUCUUCUUCAAACAAGAACGGAUACUGGUCCAUACUUUGUCUUUCAGUAUGGUUUACUAUAUAGUUCCAUGAUUUUGGUUGCUCUUAAUGAGUUGAGUGAGUGUGCAGUACACCCUUAAUACUUCAUUAUAAGUAAGUAGUAUGUAAGUCAUAAAAACUGGACUAGAAUUUUUAUUUAUUUGAUAAAUUAGGCUGUGGAGUGGUUCUGAAAACUGGAAUUAACAGAACAGGGCAGAUUGUUAACUCUAAAAUUAAACCAAUGCUGAGUUGUAGUUUCACUUUUAGAUCAAUCAUGAAUGCAAAAGUAAUGACAGACCUGCCCAAUUCUCAAACAGCUCUUGUAACAGAAGUGCUGCCAAGACUAAUAUUAAGUUAUUUUGCUUACUUGCAGAUUUGAAUGGUGUUUAAGCAAGUUGUUGCCAAUAUCAAGUGUAGAGUGCUUUCCAACAGAGUGCUUUGUCAGUCCAAAAGCUUUGUGUAAUAUUUCAUCAAUCCUUAGUUUUAGACAGUACAAAAUGUGAAAGAAGCUACAAGGUAACAUGGGAUGGUCACAAAUAGAAACCCAAGAAUGUUGAAAGUGAUUUCCACAAGAGAAGUCAAUCCGAAAGCAGUUAUAGCAUAUUCUCUAGUUUAUUAAUACCUUGAUUUCUACUUCCAUUUUGGAUUUAGUGGCAUUCAUCUAUCUACCUCAAAGCACCUGGUGUAAAUUUGCCAGUGCUUUAGUGGAGUUUGUUGGUAAUCUGAGAAAAAACUAUAUUCCAAGGUUUUUAGCUUCAAGAACUAAUGGCUAUUAUUAUUCCAUCAUGAUGAUUAAAGGGCAAAAUAGAGCCAUCACCAGUUAACUGACCUCUAUAUACUUGAAGAUCUCUUGGGGUAUGUUGAGGUAUUUUAACAUUUUACUAUAUGUAACAUAAAACAAAUUCUCAGACAUUCCAGAUGCACAAAAUGAGAGCUGAGAGUAAGGAAGGAAAAAUUGAAAGUGCAGUUAUGGGGGGAAAGAAGGAUUUAGCCUAUGGAGUGAUUUUCCAGGAGAAUGUGAAAGGACACCUUUUUUGCAUAGUAUUGUGAAACAUUGUGAUUCUGGAUUCUUGGCCUCAAUCCUGAACAAUCCAAUACUAUAGGAAGCUGCCUUGUACUAGGUCAGACUGUUUGUCCUUCCCAUGAAAUUAUUAUCCAUGUUGAGUAACAGAAACUCAUUAAGGCCUCGGAUAGCGUUCUUAUACUAUGGUUUACCCAAUCCUUUUAGUAGAGCAGUAGAAAAUCUCAGUGGCAUGGGAAAGAUGUCCCUUUCUCUGUUCCCUUCUCUGUCCUGCUCCUUUUUUUUACUGUCUGAAGGCACAAAAUGCUUUUCAAGUAUUGUUUAUGCCACAAAAUUCUACCUUGUAAAUUGGCAUUAAUUGCUAUACUAAAUUUUUUAUCCUGAUCUGUAUUGCUUUUGUAUUCUUUGGUACAACAUGUCUAGCAAAACAUUCCAGUUUGGGUGACUAUUACGUAAUCUGUUUAAUUUUUAAUCAGUUAUUUAAAAGUUUACCUUCAAAACUUCCCUUAAAACAUUUGAUACCAUCAGCAGUGUUGAAAGUACUUCAUUGAUAUCAAAGCUUGUGAAAGUUAAUUUUUUGUUUGUUUGUUUGUUUUAUGGUCCUCAGAAUCCCUCAGCUGCUACUGACCAUGCUGGCUGAGAGAUUCUAGAAGUUGCAAUACAAAAAAGUAACCUGUCCCCAUUCUGAUCAUUUAGAUUUUAAAUUGUAUUUAACUUUAUUCUCUAUUACAUCAGAUUGGAGUGGAAUCAUAAAGUUGAUAUGAAAUUAUAUUGUAGACAAAGUAUAAACUGGUCCCAUCUUUGUGCUUUAUGUAUACUUUAAAAUUAUAUCUUACUCGGCUGGUUAUAAAGCUUUAUCUUGGUCAUCUGCUAACAGAAAAUGUUGUGAAUAGUCAUUUCAUUAAGCGACUUCCCUUCAAUGUAUAUAAAUCUUACUGGAAAUACAUUUGAAACGACAAAUUAACUGCUGAGAGAUAUAUUUGUGUAAAAAGACAUUUACAUGGCAAGAGAAAUGUUCUUUUUCACAGCAAAUAGUGGUUAAUUUGUUAGUUUAUAUGAUCAACAAAUGAAUGUUUUUGAAAUACCAUAUUUCAAGUGCCUUUCACUGAUUUUAGCAAUUUAAUUGAAAAACACACCAAUAAAAGUUACCACAAAUUUAAAAA